UGAUUAGUAAUAUGCAUUGAUAAGGACUUCAUUUGGCCAUCCUUAAAUGUUAUUUUCUCAGUAUUACAUUUUUUUUUUGCUCCCUCGGAUUCAAAUAUUAAAAUCAGCCAAAUAUUCUACGUAAAUCAUACGUCAAUGAAUAGCUUAUUUAUUCAGCUUUCAGAUGACGUAUAAAUCUCAAUUUAAAAAAAAAAUGGCCCUCAUGGUUUUGUGGUCCAGGAUCACAUUUAUUAAAUAAGUUAUGUUAUAUAUCAAUUAUACGCACUGUUGCAUUUAAUAAAUUAAUUUUGUUGCAAAGUAUGUUUCUUUCCUUUCCAACUAAACUGUUAUAUAAGUCACUAAAUAUUCACUGCUAGAUAAGCAUAUUGAGAAUGUUUCUUAUGGCUAGUCAUUAACAGAGCUAUCAAUUAUUGACUGUGAACUGUCAUGCUCUGCCUUAUUUUACCAUUUUGUUUGUUCUGCGGUGGAGCAGAAAAAGUUGUACUUAGAGACGAAAGUGCAUUGGCAGCUCGAUCUGCGGUGUCAUAUGUGUCACUCGUAAGGGCAGUGAGACACGUAGCUCACAACCGCUUGUUUUCUGAAGUGCACUGACCUUAAAAACGCAGGGAAAGGGGAAACAUUGAGCAGCAAAGAUCAAACAACAAGCUUUAUGAUAAACAAGAUAUUCUGGAUCACUUAAAGGGGUGGUUAAAAGUCUGCAUAUCCCUGCCUGCGUGGUUUAGAUCAACAACAAGAAUCGCUGCUGCUCUCCAGCUAUUUAAUUGGCUGGAAUGAUGUCAAACUUGCUCGGAUGUGCGCACAAUGGCCAGCGUGAACGCCAGCGGCUACGAGCAGAUGCAGCUGAUCCAAGCUGACCCCGUCCGCAGAAACAUUUCACUGGCGCUGACCCAGAUCUUCGUGUGGCCCUUCAUCUACCUCACCUUCCUCAUGCUCUUGAUAUUCUCCAAGAAAGAGACUUUCAGAACAGAGACACGUUAUAUAUUGUUCGGCCAUUCUCUGCUGGUAGACCUAAUGUUUCUUUUUCUGACAGAUUUUGUGGUGCUGCUAUCCUACAACUUCGUCUUAAUACCUUUGCACUUCUGUAUCCCCGUCUGUAUGUUAAUGGAAGCGGUUGCAGUGAGUGCGCCGUUGACCAUUGGUGCUAUGUGUGUGGAGCGCUAUGUGGCCAUUUGCAUGCCUCUGCGUCAUCAGGCCAUCUCCACCUCUAGAAGAGCCCUCAUAGUGAUUUUAAUGAUUUGGAUCCUGAGCUCCAUAAACCCCUUUGUUGACAUGUUUAUCCUCAUUAGCACCGCCUCCCGUGAAUACUUGUCUCAGCUGACGCACUGCCACUAUGAGAUUAUGAUUCCGGAAAAGAUACGUCACUUUGCUAGGGGUCUGUUGUAUGUUUUGGGGCUUGCGCUUAUCUUGAUAAUUGAGGUCUUUUGUUAUGUAAUGAUAUAUCUUGCUGCGCGUGCAGCUUCUGGCGAAAAAAAGUCAGCAUCAAAAGGGCAGCGCACUAUUUCUCUUCAUAUCCUUCAGCUGUUUCUGUGUACGGCUGAGGUCAUGUGUCCUUAUAUUGAAGCUGUAGUUAUGCAGUAUGAUAUUCAAACAUACCUGACUGUCCGGUUUAUAAAUUUCCUCGCGUUUAGUAUCACUUCUAGAGCAGUAAGUCCCCUCGUCUACGGCUUUAGAGAUGAGAAAUUCUACGCAGCUAUGGUUUAUUACGUCAGAUGCAAAAACAAUGUAACCUCUACUGACGCUGAUAAACAAACAUGAUUCUCUUAUCAGUUAAAGAUUCACAUGUGUUUUUAGGGUUAAAGAGUGCUCGUGUGAUAUUUUAAAAUAUCAAGUCAAAUUUGUAAUACAUUUUUGGUCUAAUAUGUAUGAAAUUGUCUGCCCAACAGCAAUAUCUAUCUGGGGAAGAUGCUUCUCACAAAUAUUAGUAUUUAGAAAAUAUUUUAUUUAGCUCACCGCAUAACCUAUUAAGAUAUUGACAUUUACAUUGUACUUUCAUAUUUUCUGAAUAUUUUAGUUAGUUCAAUAUAAUUAUAAACAAAUACACGUGUGAUUAUUUUUUAUUUGAAUCAAUGCAAAUUUGUUGGAAAAGAAGAUUAAGCCUUGUAUUGAACACUUCAUAUAGCUUACGCACAAAUUAUUAUUAUUACAUUUAUUCUAAACAAAGAGUAUCUUAUAAAUAUCUGAUUUCUGUUAAAGCAUGUUAGAAAUGAACUUUGUCAUUGUUGACAUGUCAGUGUAAAUAUUCCAUAAAUACAUGGGCAGCAUGGUGGUUCUCCAACAUUCAGUCAAAUACAGUUUAUGAGACAAAGCAAUACACACAUAAAUAUGAACACAUAUUACUCUUAUUACAAAUCAAUCACACACCAUUUCAGGCAUUCAAAGGUA